AUGUUCUUUCAACCGAGCUCAACGUCCGUAUCACGACCACAAAAUCACCAGGUCAGCAUUGGUAUACAGCACAACAUGAGCAGCCCAAAAGCACCUGCCGCACAUUUCACCCUUCUCUACUUCGCUGCUUCAACAUCGUACACUCGGAAAGAGCAUGACUUCCUACCUGCGCCUAUGCCUGUGACUGAGCUGUUCAACAAGCUGGAGGAGAAGUAUCCUGGAAUCAAAGAGAACGUUCUGUCGAGCAGUGCGGUGACGGUCAAUCUGGACUAUGUUGAUCUUGAAGAAGAAGGAGCGAAGGGCUCACAAGGACUAAGUAUUCAGCCAGGCGAUGAGGUUGCCAUCAUUCCGCCUGUAAGCUCUGGGUGA